AUGGUGCCGAAGCUGACUAAGGUGCAUUUGGACGAGAGUUACUGCAACGUUAACCACGACGCCGGUGCUACAUGGAUUGUGAAGGGCUCGCCUCGUUACUCAGCAAGAGGAAUAGGCAAGCGCUAUUGCGUCGCCGGAGAGGGUGCUGUGUUUUCGCGUCGCGGCCUACUUCAUGCUGAAUGGGUGUCAGUGCUGUUCCGAGCAUGGGAGUCGCACCUGAAAGCUACGGAAGGCAGGGGCUACCAUGGGAACAACGGAGAACUCGUUAAAAUCUGA